CCCAAGCAUGCAAAAUGACUUGUUCUUCCCUCGCCCCUCUCACCCUAAGUAGCCCUGAACUCAACAACUCCUUUCCUUUGUCCCCUUGCUUGGCUUGGAGGAGGUAUGAAAAUGGGCCACCGUCCUCAUCUAUCCAUCCUCAACUUCCUUCGUUCCCAGGCCACCUUCCGCCAUCUUCUUUCCUUCAAUGCAGCCACUUGCCCCCGCCCCGUCGGCGCAGGAGGGCGGGCGAGGGUAUCUGACGCCACCCACCAACAUGUCGCUGCCCCCACAGCGAAAAGCCUCCAUGGCGUGUAGUGAGUGUAAGCGGCUCAAGUCCAAGUGUCGCGUGCGCGACGGGGCCACCACCUGCGACCGGUGUACCAAGCAGAAGCUGCAAUGUAUCUUCGACCUGGACGACGAUGGCCGCCGGCGAUUGGCCCACAAGCGCAAGAUCGAGAAACUCGAGGAGGAGCGCGAUCUUCUCCUGCAGGUGGUCCACUCGCUGCGCGACAGCUCCGACGCCAAAGCCGCCCAGCUGCUGAACCUGGUGCGCAGCAAAGCCCCGCUGGGCGAGCUCAAGCUCUACAUGGACCACCAUUUGUCCGAUGAAGAUCGAUAUGAACUCCUGUAUGCGACCAAUAAGAAAGUCUCCCUCCACCGAGCCAUGGACAUCAACCGCUUGGUCGAUAUCCCCGUGUACCGCGUUCCCGCCGCGCCCUGGACAUCCGUCACCACAUCCGACGAUCUGGUCUCGCAUCUCGUCUCCCUCUGGUUCACCUGGAGUCACCCCUUUUACAAUUGGGUGGAUCGCGACCUUUUCCUUCGCGAUGCGCGAGCAGGCAAACUCAACUCGCCAUUUUGCUCGCCGUUUCUGUUCAACUGCAUUCUCGCAGAAGCCUGUUUUCAUUCCGACUAUCCGGAAGCUUAUGCGGAUCCUGAUGAUCCCAAUUCGAAGGGGGCGCAUUUCUAUGAGGAGGCCCGACGACACUACGAGAAGGUAGAAGGGCAGCUGGACCUGCCUACUCUCCAGGGGUCUGGAGUGAUGUAUGUGUGUAUGGCAGCCAUGGGGAAGGAUCGAGUCGGAUGGUGGUAUCUGAGCCAAAUCAACGACAUGGCGCAGGAGUACAUAAAACGACAUCGACCACCGUCAGUGGAGACCCGGGAGAGCCGCGCGGCGAACAAUACUAUUUGGGGUCUCUAUUGCCUCGCAGCGACUGCAUCGAUCGCAUACAUGAAACACCUGGCCAUCAAGCAGCCAGGGAGGCCACUGCUUCCAUGCGAUCACGCCGACGAUGAUACCUGGUCACCUUACCCACAGCCGCAAGCCGGCUCACUGCAGUCGCAUAUUCCCUGUGUCUUCAACAGCUGGUGUGAGCUGAGCAAGAUCAAUGUGGAUACCAACAAAUUGAUAUUUGGGACCGGGUCCAAAGUGCCGCGACGCGAACUGCACCGGACUUUGAAAGAGGUCCAACCAAGGCUGGAUGAUUGGAGAGCGCAACUACCACAAUGCUUGACGCUCGAAAAUAGCUCCGUGCCGCAGGCGUUUAGCUUGCACUUCUUCUACUACACCCUCAUAAUCAUGCUCUGGGGCCUCCUUAAGGGGGAAGCCAAUCCCGAUGAUGCCGACGAAGAAGACGACGAGAGCGACCGCGCCGCCAUCGCCGCGACCGCGCGGAAGCUCUGCGUGGACGCGGCGCUCGACAUCGUGCGGCUCCUGCGCAUCCACCGCACACGCUGGGGGAUCGACUACAUCCAUCCGACGACGAUCCACUGGGUGAGCAUGGCCCUGUUCACUCUGCUGGAGGUGCUGGACCAUCCGGACCCGGAGUACAAGACCUCGUUCACCGAGCUCUGCUUCUUCGCGCGCGCCCUCUCCCAGAAGUGGACCCUGAUGAAGGGGAUCCUGCGCAUGAUCCAGGUUUCGGCGCAGAAGAACGGCGGAGUCUUGCCGCCCGAGACCGACGCCCUCUUCACCGAGUUCGAGCAGGCGAUGUGGGAGAGCACGGACCGCGGGCGGUUCAAGAGCCUGUAUCCGAAUCCGAACUCGAUGUCCAAAACGGGCGGGGACCGGUCGCAGCUGGAUGACGCGGACUUGGAUGCUUUUCUAGAGAAGUGGGAUACCCUCUACGUGGAUGAGGAUGGCGAGAGGGAGGAGUCGGCUGAUAGUGAGCAGGUCUAGUGGCACGGGGGAGAGCAUCCCGAUACCCAAGAGCUAGUCCACCCACGCGAAUCCGCCUUGAAUGGAAUCGCAUUUGAGUGAGGCAUCUGAGCGAUUGGUGAAGCAGAUCAGGAUUGAAC